GCUGAGGAGAUAUAAAAGAGUGCUGAGGGAGAACAUAGACAUCUGCUCACUGACUGCGACAGAGACAGAAGGCUGACUGCAAAUAUGCUGCGAUUUCAGUGUGUGCUUCUGGCCAUGGUCCUGUAUGGGAAAGGUUCUCUUUCCCAGCUGGAUGUAUGUGGUCGUGCCCCUUUUAACACCCGUAUAGUGGGUGGGCAGAGUUCCUCAGAAGGAGGGUGGCCAUGGCAGGUUAGUCUCCAGAGCCCUGAUUAUAAUGGACAUUUCUGUGGAGGAACCCUGAUCAACAAAGACUUUGUUCUGACAGCAGCCCACUGUUUCUCCAGCACCAUCUCUUCUGCUGUGACGGUGUAUUUGGGGAAACAGACUCUAACCGGUUCUAAUCCCAAUCAAAUUACGAGAGGUGUAACUCAGGUGAUCGUUCACCCCAGCUACAACAGCGCCACCCAAAACAAUGACAUCGCCCUUCUACGCCUGAAUUCUUCUGUCAACUUCACGGACUACAUCAGACCAGUGUGUCUGGCAGGGCAAGGCAGCAGUUUUCCAGAUAAAACCAGCUGCUGGAUCACAGGCUGGGGAAGCAUUGCCUCUGGAGUGCAACUGCCAGCUCCUGGUGUUCUUCAGGAAGCACUGGUUCCUACUGUCAAUACACAGAUUUGUGAUUUUCUACUGGGAUUUGGCUCCAUUACCCCAAACAUGAUGUGUGCUGGUUACUACCAAGGAGGCAAAGAUACCUGCCAGGGGGAUUCUGGAGGUCCGCUGGUCACUAAGCAGGGUGCUGUCUGGGUUCAGGCUGGUAUCACUAGCUGGGGUAGAGGCUGUGCUCUGUCCUAUUCACCUGGUGUGUAUACUCAUGUGUCUCAGUACCAGUCCUGGUUAUCGAGUGUCAUCGGCCAAAACCUGCCAGGAUUUAUCUAGUACUAACCCUGUGGAAGGACCAGUGGAUCAUGAAGAAGAUUAAAUUUUUAAAUAUCAACUACAUUACAAAAGAUGUGUCUGUCUAUAUAUCUAACUAUACAGAUUUAUAUUUAAAUAUUUUGUAUUCAGAUUAAUUAAUAUAAAAAAUAAGCAUCUUUGUUGUAAUAAUGAUGACAAAAUAGUACCUCAUAAAUGGGAUUACAUAUUUUUAAUGUAAUCCCUUUAUUUAACUACUUCCAUCAUUUAAAUAAGUAAAUAUACCUGUAACCUGUACAUGUGUAUAUAAGUUUUCCAUUCUACAUUAAUGUAACAGAUACUCUGAAAAUGCAUUUCACUGCACAUCGUACUGUGUAUGGUUGUGUAUGUGGCUAAUAAAUGUGAAUUAUAAUUUGAAA